UUGCAUUCAGAAUUUUAUGAGAGAAAUUAUCGGAUUGAAUCUCAUUUUCAGAUAAAUCAGCACUUGGAGAAGGAUGCUAGCGAAUUACAGGAGUUGACGUCAAAAAUAGCUCAAUAUAGUGCUGAGUUGGAGGAGAUUAAUUCCGAGCUGGACGAUUUAGACAGAAAAGUAGCUAAUGAGACUAAACUUCAAGACGAAAUCACUCUGCAACUCAAAACGGUCUUGGAAGAACUAGAAGAAAAGAAGCAAGAGUACUUGCAAGAAGAGCAAAUCCUCAAAGAAGUAGAAGCAGACCUAGAGAAAGAAGAAGCUGCGGCUGUCACGGAAUUGGAGAGUCUAACUAAAAAUUCCGAAGAGAAAUUUGAGGAGCUUAGAGUCCAGCAUGAGAGCUAUCAGAAAGCAAUUGAAGAAACAAAGUUAGAGGUGAAUAAAAUGGAGAAAAUCGAAACCCUACUGAGGCAACAUCAGGAAAAUGCUGACGAGAUCGCUGAAAUGCGGACGAGGUUGGACGUGGUGCUACACGAAUCAGAUAACCUGCAUAAGAAAAUUGAAGAGAAGAAAGAGAAAUUUGCAAAGGAGGUUGAAAACCUUGCGAAGCUUCGCCAAGAAGUGGAGUGUAAAAAAAGUGAUAUGAGAAAAGAAAUUGAGAACGCUAAGGCCCAAAUUGAAGCUUUGUAUAAAGAAAUAACACAGUAUGAAACUGAUGCUAUGGCUUUGCAAAACAAGAAUUAUGAGAUUGAAGGUGACAUCCACCUUGUCAAGCAUCAAGUGGAGGUGGCUUCUGAAAAACUGAAAACAGCAAAGAGUGAUUAUCUCCUUAUGAGAGAAAUGCAGGAAACAAAUGCUAAAAAACAGUAUAAGCUUUCGAACGGACGUCCAAAGGGAAAGGAGCGAAAAAAGCGAAAACGACACAAGGUAUUUGCAGUUGCUCUGAACCUCAGUUUCUUUAUAGGCUGA